UCUUUGAAAUAUUGUCCUUUUCUUAUGGAAAAAUUGUCCUCAAGAAUUAGAAGAUCCUAAAAUAUAGCUUUAAAGGGAGUCGUUACUCAUGCUCGUUUGUAACACCUCCAAUAACGACUAGGAGUGAAUACCCUUAAAAAAGUACUAUAGCGAAUUAUACAAUGAAAAACUCAAAUCAGUAUUCUGGCACGAUGUUCUAUCUCAAACAAAAUGUCCUUGCACAUAAAUUUGUAGCGCAACUACAAUCCCAAGUGUUGUCCUGGUUCCCAUCUCAGUUCUCCUUGGUCUAAUCUGCUGUUUUUCGUACCUUGACUCCUUCCAUGUCACGUACUCCGCUCACAGGAUUCAUUAUCUUUAUGUUUUUCCAUUUCCCACAAUGCAGAACAAAUACAAAAAAAUCCAUAAUGGUGUUUACGUUAUACAUUUUUGUAUUUUCAAAGUGUGUGUGUGUGUGUGUGUGCUAAUCUGUCUUGCCUUGGCUCGGUACUUAGCAAUUAUUGGUGUUUGUACACGUUUUUUCGUACUGCAAUUUAAAAUGUCUAUUUUUUGUAUUGCAGUGUUUUUAUUUUAACUUCCUUCCCAUUUUCUUUUUAUGUUUUUUGUUGUUGUUUUAUUUGUCCAUUAUAUUUCUCUAUAGCUGCAGACUCAUUGUUUAAUAAUGUAAAAAGUUAAAAAGAAACAUGGGAAGUUAUACUGGCGCACUUGCCUUGUGCUGGUGACGUAGUAACCCACAGCUGUGCUUGAGUUAUUUGACGUUUCAGCACCAGCGCUUACGGACAGCGACUUUGGCGAUCGGUCACCCUGGCAGUGCGUAAGCAGCAAGAAACAUUUUUAAAGCCAUCAUAAAUUCUGAACAUUACAUUUUGAGUAUCAAACCUUCUGUUUUGGCAUUAAGUGUGCUUUUUUUCCCCUCACUCAUCGGGUGAAAAUCGUUCCUGUAAAUACACGUUAAUCAUAUGUAAGCAUAUAUAUGCUUACCUUAAAAUAUUAUAUUAAGUAUUCUACUAAACAGGAUACACAUUAGAUAUAUUGAUUACUCUGUAUAGAUAAUAUGUGAACAUGUAGGUGGCAGUUUAUUUAAUACUCGGUGACAUUUUUUUUUCUUUUUACAUCCCUAUGGUGGGAGUGUUCCACGGUUUUUGUGUGUGGGUCCCAAUGGGAGUGUGGGACACCUUUUAUCACGUAAAUUGAAAAACAUCAAGAUUAUCUCUGCCUGUGCCUUUAAGAAGCACCUUCAUUUUUACUGGACAAUUCAGAGUUGCAGCGUGAACCAAUGAAAUCGAGGGACCGUACAAAGAGAUCUAGUCCAUCCCCCAUUCUACAGCACCGUAACCCUUCAGAGGCUUAGAUUCGAGAAAGACUGAGCUCAAUGUAUAGUCAUCGGCAAUAUGUUCAUUGAAAAAACAAGAUGCGAAAACGUUUUGUCAGGUGAUUUCCCCAAAAUCAAAAUAUACAUGGUAAUCGGUUUAAUCACGUGUUCAAUUUUAUAUCGAAGUGCUACGCUAUGGAAAAUACUUUGAGUUCAGCGGAAAAAUGAUUAAUCGGAGGAAGAAUCACCUUUUGGGAUGGCAGGCGUUGCGGUUAUUGUCUUUUUUACCUUUUUGGAAUAUAAUAAACGGACAGAUUCGCUACACGAUUCCCGAGGAAAUGACAGAGGGUUCGGUGGUUGGAAAUUUAGCGAAGGACCUGGCAUUAGGGGUUGCGGAGAUUGCUGAACGUAAGCUGCGGAUCGCUUCUGAGCCUGGUAAGCAGUAUUUUAGCGUGGACUUGGAAAAGGCAGAGCUGGCGGUGAGUGGCAAAAUCGACAGAGAGAGUCUGUGUGGACAAAGCGCUGGCUGUGUUUUACCUGUGCAACUCGUUAUUGAAAAUCCACUGCAGCUGUAUCGCGUCGAGGUUGAAAUACAAGAUAUAAAUGACAACUCUCCGGUAUUUCUCACAAAAGAGCACAUACUAGAAAUAGCCGAAUCUGUUACACCCGGAACACGUUUCCCACUGGAAAGCGCAGAGGAUGCUGAUGUCGGCAGCAAUAGCUUACGUUCAUAUGUAAUUAACACCAACGAGUGUUUCAGUUUAAAUAUCAAGAGUCUUGAAAAUGGCAGAAAAACACCAGAACUGAUCUUGGACAAAACCUUGGAUAGAGAAAAACAGUCAGUCCAUAAACUGGUGUUAACGGCAGUGGACGGAGGUAAUCCUGCCAAAUCCGGGACCACACUGAUUCAUGUUGUUGUUCAGGAUACAAACGACAACGCACCAAAAUUUGACAGAACAUUGUAUAAGACUUCCAUCAGUGAAAACGUCGGGAAAGGGACAACUGUGCUCGCGCUUAAAGCUACGGAUCUCGAUGAAGGUCCAAAUGCAGAAAUACAGUACUACUUCGGCAGUCACACACCAGAUAUUAUACUGAAAACAUUUCGUGUCAAUCCCAAUACGGGAGAUAUUAUUGUAAUUGGACAGCUCGAUUUUGAGGAGAUGAAAUCCUACACCUUUGAUGUCCGUGCUAAAGAUAAGGGGAAUCCAAGCUUGGAAGGACACUCGUCGGUUCAGGUGGACAUACUAGACGAGAAUGAUAACUCUCCAGAAGUCAUUCUCACGUCAUUGCCUAAUCCCGUCCAGGAAAAUGCGCCAGUUGGAACUGUGAUUGCUUUGAUCAAUGUAAAAGAUUUGGAUUCAGGGGAAAACGGGAAAGUGGAACUGAAAAUACCUCCGAACUCUCCAUUUAAACUAAAAUCGUCUUUUGAAAACCACUACUCUUUAGUAACUGACUCAAGGCUCGACCGUGAAAUUAGUCCGGAAUAUAAUAUAGUAAUAAUUGCUUCCGACUUGGGUUCCCCACGCCUACAAAUGAAGAAGAUUGUUAAUGUCAAAGUAUUAGAUGUCAAUGACAACCCUCCGGUCUUUUCUCAACCCUCCUAUAACGUAUAUGUCACCGAAAAUAAUCUUGUAGGUUUAUCUCUGUAUUCUGUUUCUGCUUCGGAUAUUGAUGCAGAUGUGAAUUCUCUACUAUCCUAUUCGAUCCUAGAUUCGACUUUAGAAAGUAUUCCAGUUUCGUCCUAUUUUUAUAUUAACUCCGAAAACGGCACUAUAUACAGUCUAAACUCGUUCGAUUAUGAAAAGAAUAAGGUUUUUCACGUUGUGGUGCAAGCGAAAGACCAAGAAGCUGCCCCGAUCAGCUAA